CUCAAGAAGAAGAUGAAGAAGAAGGACGAGACCUCCUGUUGCUAAGAGACUGUUGUUGUUGUAGCAGCAGCAUGUGAAGCUACAAGACACUUUAUUUCCAUUUGAACUGACAACACAUCCAGAAACAAUGCCGCCGAAGAGAAAAGCAUCCACCAAGUCCUCAAAGGGCAAAACUCCAACAGUAGUGGACGGCGUGCCCACAGAGGAGAUGUCUAAAGAGCAGCUGGAGGAGCACAUUGUCCGUCUGCGAGAGGAGCUCGACAGAGAACGAGAGGAGCGCAACUAUUUUCAGCUGGAGAGAGACAAAAUCCACACGUUCUGGGAGAUCACAAAAAGACAUCUGGAAGAGAAGAAGUGUGAGCUGAGAAACAGAGAGCGUGAGAUGGAAGAGGCAGAGGAGCGCCACCAAGUGGAGAUUAAGGUGUAUAAGCAGAAGGUGAAGCACCUGCUGUAUGAGCAGCAGAACAGUGUGUCAGAGCUGAAGGCAGAAGGAGUGAUCAGCUGUAAACUGCAGCAGAAGGAACACUCUGAACUCGAGAACCAGCUGCACAAGAACAUACGCUGCUUGAAAGUAGACUUGAAAGAGCAGGAGCUGUCCAAUGAGAAUGUGCUCAAGAACCUUCAGCUGAAACACGACGAGGAAAUUACUCAUCUAAGAAAUGAUUUUGCCAGACAAGUCCGAGAAAUCGGGUCCAAAUAUGAGAAAAGGAUGCAAAAACUGCGUGAGGAGGAAGAACUGAGACGCAAAACAGAGAUUCACGAGAUCGAGGAACGAAAGGACAGUCACAUUAACACACUGAUGAAGAAACAUGAGAAAGCUUUCAGAGACAUGAGAAACUAUUUCAAUGACAUCAUCAAAAAGAAUCUGGACCUCAUUACUUUACUCAAGGAGGAGUUGAAGGAGUUGAAAAAGAAGGAGGAGAGGAGAAAUAAAGAGAUGGUAGAAGUGCUUGAGCAGAAUAAGGAGCUUCUGGAGUCUCCACAGAAGGCCAAACAGGAAGUCACAGAGCUUCAGAAGCAACUUACCAACUAUGAGAAGGACAAGAGUGCUCUGACUAGAGCCAGAGCUCGUCUCAAAGUGUGUGACAGAGAAAUGAAGCAGCUGAAAUGGGAGCAUGAAGUGUUGGAGCAGAGAUUUACCACGGUUCAAUCAGAGCGAGACGAGCUCUACAUGAAGUUCACCAAAGCCAUCCUGGACGUCCAGCAGAAGAGCGGCUUUAAAAACCUGCUGCUGGAGCGCAAACUGAGCACACUCAACCAUAUGCUGGAGAAGAAGGAAGCUCAGCUCAGCGAGGUGCUGUCUGCCUCAAACCUUGACCCCACUGCCCUCAAUGUGGUCACGUGCAAGCUGGAGGAGGUUUUGGACUCCAAGAACCAUACUAUCACAGACUUACAAUAUGAAGUGGCACGAGUUUGCAAGGCCCAUAAUGACCUGCUGAGAACUUCUGAAGCUAAGCUGCAGCUGUUUGGGAUCCCUGUGGAUGAACUUGGCUUAAAGCCGCUGGAGAGCAGCAUUCCUGGUCAGACACUCGGUUUGGGCCCUGCUGCCUCAUUUCUGCCCCAAAUUAGCCAAAAAGAGAGAAAAAAUACAUGGCCUCAAUCUAAAUAAAAUAAAAAAAUUGAUAAAA